UUGGUUAGGCUUUUAGAGGAGGGGUGAGGUGCUGAAUUUGGUGAUCUGGGUCAGAGAAUCAUUCUUUGUCCCCAACUCCUUCUUCUCUCCCUUCUUUUUCUCCCCCAGCUCAGGAAGGGAGAAUCAAAGGAGAUUUUAUUAGUGGCAAUAGAGGAGUCUGGAAUGGGGUUUUCAAGGGCCUCUGCUGCCUGCAUUCCUGAGCCCUCCAGAAUACAGAAGGUUUUCUGAGUGGCGGCCAGCCAAACGGAGGCGGUCAGACUUCCCCUAGCUGUGAAGAAGGCAGCUGCAAUUUGAGAACAGCUUACACUCCCCACCUCCUGGCACUCCCCGGGCGAGUCCAGCCAGGAGACCGCCAGGGAUCCACAGAGCUCAGGAGGAUUGUAUUGGAGUUCAGAACCAGAGCUGAGAUCCUAGGAUUAAGCACUCCCUUCUCUGCUGACGUUCCUCGCUGGAGAGAGAAUUGGUUCUUUUCCCAACUUCAAGCUGUGUCUGAUCGGAAGGAGCUGGAGUCAGUGCCUCUGAGAAGCAAAGAAGCCACCUCACUUUUCUGUGAUCCCAGGAGCUAAAUCAGGCAUGAAGAAUCUUUAACCCAGUACAUCUUGUGAUCAAGGGUAAAGCAACAUGGAUGCCAUCAGCCAAACCUCCCCAGAAGCAGUGCUGCCUAAGCACAUCCUGGACAUCUGGGUCAUUGUCCUCAUUAUCCUAGCCACCAUUGUGAUCAUGACUUCCUUGGUGCUGUGCCCAGCUACCGCUGUCAUCAUUUACCGAAUUCGGACUCAUCCCACACUCAGUCAGGCCUUUUGAAGCCUCAGGAUGCUGGGGGUGCUAGUCUGGGCUUUUGAUGCCUGGGCAUGGCCCAGAAAACUCCCCCUCUUUAGCAGGGUAAUGAUGAGAGCCUUUCCAUUAAGGAAAACGGCUUGAAGCUACCAAACGGAACUAGAUCGUGUCCAUGAAAAUGCCUUUUAUGAUGCAUAUAUCCAUCAGCAGCCAUCAACAGUGACGGAGGAAGGAAGCUUUUCUGGUAGGGCUGGUCUCCUGUCAAGCAGAUCGGGUCCAGUUUCAGGAUGUACAAGGUAUAAGAUGGAGCCUCCAGGGGCUGGAACUUCUGGGAAUCAGAGAUGCUCCAAGAGACAUCAUCAAGGACAGGGAUGACCAAGAAGUUACUUCUUCCCUCUUCCUACAUCCCUUUAAAAGUUCCUCCCAUCACCAACAAAGCUCUCCCUAUUCUGGGGAAUCCCCUGUCAAGUUUUAUAUCAUGUUAAAUUCCUGGUAGGACCUUGUUCUUUGCUAGUUGCAAAUUAGCUAAAGUGGUAGCUCAUUGUAGUUUAAAGUCCCUUUCCUUUUUAGGACAUUUACAUUUUAAUAAAAUACUGUAUUCAAGUGAGAAAUGAUUAUUGUCAGUCAAUAAGCAUUUAUUAAGCACCUACUAUGGGCCAGGCAUUGUGCUAAGCACUGGAGAUAUAUACAAAAAAAGGGGGGGAGAAAAGGCUUCCUACUCUCAGGGAGUUCAUAGAUCUCGGGCACUGUGACAGUCUCCCAAGGGACUAUUAAAGGGAUUAUAUUUGGGGAGGGGCUCUUUCAGAAGUCUGGUCCUGUCCUACAGCCAGGAGCAUAUCUCUUUUAUGAUAUGGCAUCUUUAGCUGGAAGAAGGUAAAGAGUUUGACUGGGGCAGGGAAGGUUGAAUGCAGCAUUUCCUAAGUUCUUGCCUCUGCUACCAUAUAGGAUCUGAAAAGCAGAGCUACUUGGGUAGAGAUUCUUUGAUCCUGCUGGACACACAGAAAUCCCCUGCCUCUCCAAAGGGAGCUCAGGCUGGGCUUAGCAAGAUAUGCACUAUUGCCUUAUUCCAUAUCUACCCAUGAUUAUAUAUGUAUCCUCCAGGGCUUCUAGUCCUAAUUUUUUUUUUCCUUUUUAUCAGAUAUGUGAUUUCAUUGGUGCUGACUUUGCCACUAGUGAGCUGUGUGGUCUUAGCUAGGCAGGAAAUUGAUAUCCCUAAGAGGUUAAGUGAUUUUUUCCAAUGUCACACAGCCAGUUAUUCAUAACAGAAUUGGGGAUAGAGUCAAGGUCAAAAAUGUCUUAGUGGAGUGGUCUUUCCACUAUACCAUGUCACAUUUUAGAAUCAGUGCAAAAUGAGGACAAUUGUGAUCCACAUUUUAUGGCACUUUAAGGUUAACAAAGGUAUUUUCUUGUAACAGACCUUCGAAGGGUAGUGCAAAUAUCAUUAUUUCCAUUUUAAAGAUGGGAAAGCUGAGAUUCAAAGACCACAGAACUAACAAGUAUCAGAGUUGGGACUCUAUGGAGGACUUCCCACUCCAGGUUCCACACUCUUUCCUCUAUAAAUUGCUGUCCUGCUUACUUCCUAAGACUGUGAUUCUAGUACUCUGAGAAGAGAGGGAAUGUGGCAUAGCCUAUAGCAAGGUGGCCUUCAAGUCUGAAAGAUUUGUGGUUAAGUCCUGUUUCUUACAUAUAUUGGCUGUGUGAUCAUAGGGAAGUCAUUUAACCUCUCGGUCUUUAGGAAACUCUAAGACUAAAAGUUGCACAGCAUUUGUUGAUCUGCAUUGGUAGAGGAAGUUACUUUAUUGGGAGUUCCCCAUAAUAAUGAAAUCACAGGUUCUGUUUAAAAAAAAAAAAAAGGAAUUCUCCAGUGGUUCUAGGAUCACAUCUAUUCAGAUGUUCUCUCCAAAGACACAGCUUUCAACCAUCCAUACCUACCCAUCUUAGGAGACUCUUUUCCCGAUCCUCUCAUGUGAGACUAAAAGAGGUGAAAGCUCUAUAAGAACCCUCGUGACAAUGAAAUAGGAAGUUUUAUGUCAAUUAUUCAGCAUAUGCCCCUUUACUUGUGUAUAUACUUGUGGUUGAUUCACUGGUUGCCCAAAGCUCCAAUUUAUUCUCCCUUUCCUGCAGGAUCCAGAAUUUUUUCAACCCCCUCCUCUUGUUCCUCACCCAUCGAAAGGGACCUGUCCCAUGACAUUUCCCCCCAGGAUCUAGUCUCUGUUCAAGUGAGUGGGUAUGUCACCUUUCUGAAAUAAGAUAUUUAGUUUUCAAGAGAAAACUAGCUUACCCUGGUGACUCUAAUGGGGGCAUGUUAGACACUGUGUUCAGGGACAGCAGGGGAAAUAUUUCUGGACAGAUAGGGCCUAUAUUACCAAGUAUGGGAAAUUCCUGGAGCUCAGAAAGUUGUUUAGGAAGAUUGCAGAAAGAUCUAGUAGGAAAAGAAUGCUUUUAUUUGGUAUGUGUUCUUGUUUUCCUGAUGGAGUCUUAAUUGCCAUUAAAAAUAACAGGAUGAGAAUA